CCUGUCUGACAUGGUAGGACCUUGAGGAACGGUUGUUCCAGCCAGUAUAGCUCGGUUGCUUCAUCACGAUAUGCAAGCCAGAUCAUCACGUCAAGGCAGCAACAACUCACUCAACAAAACCAACACCUCACCACACAUCCUCACAUCACAAAUACUCGCAAACGUACAUACAAUAGUGACACUCACUGAUCCUCCCUCGUCAACAAAUCACCAAGACCAUUCCACCGAUUGCAACUCCACAUAUCGACGGUUCAUUCAUUCUCUAUUCACAUCCUUAUCUCUAGUGCACAACACCACUUCACCAAAUACACCAACAACAAGUCAAUACACCAAUUCUCUCGUGAUUGACUGGCUGAGUAGGACUUCCCUUGCAGUGGUUGUAUGCACGUGGCCAUGUGAGAGCAUUUGGAGAGUGAGACCUGACUCUCCCCACCCUCGGCCGUACCAGGGCAUUUGGAGGCUGUUAUACUUUUCACAUUGAAUGAUUCAAAAAGUGUACAACAUUCACAACACGUUCAUGUUUUUAAGAGUUGUUAGAUCAUUAUUAUUGCUAUUAUAUGACAAAUAAAUCAGUCAAAAGAUGGUAGUCUAAAAUAAAUAAAAAUAGGAAGGAUUCUGAGUUCCAAAACAGUCAAAUACUUCAAUGAAAUAUAAGGAAAUAACUACAGAAAAGAUAAACUUUAGUGGUGUUGUUGGCUUAUGAGUGACUGAAACUUUCGCUAGACACCUACUGUUCAUGAGGUUUUGAAAAAUGCUCAAUUUACCAUUAUAACCAAAAUAACCAAAGAAACAAAUAAUUAAAUGAUUGGUUAUAAAAUAUACUGACUGGUAAUCAAUCAAUGAUAUGCAGUAAUAACAUGUGUGAUCAUAUGAUAACUGCCUACAAGAACUAAUUAUUGUUGUAGUAGUAGCUAGAGUAAUAUAUUUUCUCUGGUGAAAUGAUAUUCUUAUCUAAGAAGGAUUAACACAAAGUAAACAUGACGAAAUAUGAACGGUGGUGAUUGAAAAGAAUUAAUGUAUAGGUCACUUCAUUCACCAAACAAUUAGCGCCUGAUUAUUAAGCCUAAUUUUUGAGUAUCAUAUUACUAUCGCUAUUCAAAAUCCAAAUAGUAAGACUUAAAUUCUUCAACUCAUCUUUUCUGUUUGUGAAAAGAUAUCAACUUUCCAGGUUCUGAGUAGAUUCACAGGAAAGGCAACUAGAUGGCUUUGUUCCUGGAAGUAGAAAUUUGUGCUCAUAGUCCCACAGCGAUCUGUUUGAUACAACAUAACCACAAUAACUGAAUUUUGCGAUUAGAUUUCUCAAAACAGAUAAACUUAACUGUCGUGUAAUGUAGCAGCUACGAUUGAGAAAUAUUUUUUAGUAAUAUAAGCGAAGUUGACCAAUUCUAAAUAAUCUGUAUUUUAUAUCUAUCGUGAAACUGUCCGUGUUACUAACUAGUUAGGAAUAGCGCAAUUUGUCGAUGGUCGAUUAUCCAUAUUAUUUAUUUAUUUUAACACAUAGAUAUUGGUACAAGGAGGCAACAAAUACGUAUGCGCCACACACAUCUCAUUUGAUAUAUGUGAGGGCUGUGAUACUGCCCGGGUGCUCAAACCGAAGCAGGUCGUUUUCUUAGAGGGCCACACCCGGAGCCUUCGACCUGAAGGUCUGAUCCACAAGGUAGUGGAGCAUCGUAAAGAGAUGCAGUCCGAUGGAAGCCGGUGACCGACGGUUGGUUCAUACGCCAUUUGUUCCUUCAGGAUACUGGAGCCAGCCCAUGUGCACCAUUGGUUUGGAAUUAGGGUUUUACAACUCCCCUAGGUGGACUCUCCGUGUCCACCAACCCAGAUAAAGCGCCGGACGUUCGCUUUUCGUCCUCUCAAUCUCGUAAACAAUACCCAUGGUGAUAGAAGGCAGUGAGUAGGACUUCGCUGACAGAGGCUAUAUACGCGUGGCCAUGUGAGAGCAUUUGUAGAGGGAGAGCAGACUCUCCCCACUCUCGACCGUACCAGGGCAUUCGGGGGCGAUACUCCAAUAAUGAUAUGUUGUGAUAGGGUUGAAUUUUCAAAAAAAUAUUGUCAAACAUCUUUCUUUAGUAAGGUUCUUUAUUUACGGGAUAAGACUUCCAAUACCAUCCACAACCCUACUUUGCCCGACCUUGGGAUCAGCAGUAACUCUGAAAGAGCUCCAAUCGGAGUUUGUGUGUACUAUAGCAACAACAUCAUAACUAAGUCUAAAAAGAUAACAUUUGAUGCAACGACAACUCCCUAAUUCAAGUUUUAUUGUGAAUAUUAAAAUCCAGUAUAAAAUGUUAUUUGAGACAUUUCGGAUUCAAUCUUUAUACAAAAUUAUGAAUAGCACAUAUACGUGGGUAAAUUGUGAUUAUCAACUCCUAAGUUAGUGUAUCAAAAAUUUAUACGAUCCAAACUAAAUUAACAAAAGUAGUAUUUGAUAUCUGUAUCCUGUUUAAUAUUUUUUUAAACAAUUAGUUCCUGGUCUCGUAGUCCAUCUUCUGGAGGUGAGAAUGGUCGUGAUGUUACUGUUCAUCGUCAUGAACGUCUACCUGAUGUAAUUCCUGGCCCACAACAUGUACGGAAUAGAAGAAGUGGUGUUGGCUUCUCAAUAAUCUCGAGUAAAUUCGCAAUUCUACUAGGAGAUUAAGCCUACCUAAAAUACUCAGUUAACGGGAUAUUAUUUAUUGGAGUCAGAUAUUGAGGACAUUAGCCUCCACAUAUUGGUGACCCGCCUUUAGAACGUGCACCAUUUUCCUCCAAAGUCUGCUGCAUUCUCAAACGUAUCAUAAACAACUUCAUAUUGGAAUUAUUAUUACAAUUAUUAACAAUUCAUUGACAGUCAUAAUAAAUCCAUCCAUAACAUUGUUCCUUUGGAAUUAUUACUGUAUAUUCUCAUUUAUAUACCCAAAGUGACAAUUUUUCUUUUCGGUGAGUCUUAUAUAUUUUUUGUUGUUAUUUUUGCUUUCCUCAAUAUUGUAUAUUUCAAACCUCAGUUUAUUAUUAUUAUUAUUAUUAUUGCUCCUUCGUACCAUGUCAGUUGAUAGUUCGUUAAGCCUUUCAUCUAAAUCUAUUUCCGUGGGUGCCAUUUCUGUACCUUUACCUAUUUUUAAUCCACGAAAAGCUGAACUCUGGUUUGCUCGCUUAGAAAGCUUUUUUGUUGCAAACAAAAUCACAAAUCAGAGUACGAAAUUUAGUUACGCAAACUCACUGCUGCCGGACGACGUCAUUGAACAAGUGCCUGAUGUCAUUUUUAAGCCGGAUCCUGACUCACCAUUCGAUUGUCUAAAAAGAGAGGUCAUUCGUGUCACAUCUCUCACCGACCAACAGACAAUUGAUCAACUUUUAGCCAACGUGGAGCUAGGUGACAAUACACCAUCACAGUUAAAACGCCACAUGACAAACUUAUUAGGAAAUCGUACAGUAGACAAACGUCUACUAUAUCAAUUGUGGCUCAGACGUCUCCCUCAAAACAUUCAACAGAUACUUGCAAUUGGAGACGAAGACGUCGAUUUUGAUAGGCUAGCAGACAUAGCCGACAGAAUUUACGAACGGUCCAAGACUCACCUUGUAUCUCAAAUCCAAUCAAGCUCAGCUGACGAGAUCACCGAGUUACGACGAUCAGUUGAUACCCUUACCAAACAGAUAACUCAGAUCCAAUUAUUGAAUGCCUCCCACAGUAAGCGUAGAGGAACAUCCACAAGCCGUAGACGACGUAGUCCAAGCACUACUAGAUACAUUUGUUGGUACCAUAGAACAUAUGGCAAACAAGCUAGAAAAUGUACUCCGCCUUGUAACUUUGCAAGCACACAGAAAAAGGAACGUCAAGACCGCAGGUUAGUGACGACUGCACUCACUGACCACAACUUUCAAGACAGUCGUCUAUUAUAUGUUACAGACAAAAGAACCGGCACACAGUUUUUAGUCGAUACUGGGGCAGAAGUUAGUGUAAUACCACCCACUGCACUCGAGAAAAACACACCUGUCCCCAAACUAAAACUACAAGCUGCAAACAGGUCUGACAUCAAGACGUACGGCAAAAGGCGGUUACAAUUAAAUUUCGGUCCUAAAUCUAAUUUUUCAUGGAGUUUCAUCAUAGCGGACGUCCUCGUUCCUAUAAUCGGCAUUGAUUUUCUGCAAUUCUACAAAAUACUGGUAGACGUCAGAAAUAGGAAACUUGUCCUUGCCGAACAGAGUAAGGAAAUUAGAGGAACUAUAUCAAAUGAGACUUCCAUACAUUUAUUAGUUAAACCUCAUCACGAGGACGACAAAUACGUCAAUUUACUUAAUCAGUUUCCAGACUUAUUACGACCGAGUUUCAAACACGACAAACCGACGCAUACCGUCGUACAUUACAUAAAGACAGAGGGUCCACCAGUGUUCGCACGUCCAAGACGCCUUGAUCCCUCUCGUCUGGCUAUCGCAAAGAACGAAUUCAACAAAAUGAUUGAGUUGGGCAUCAUACGCCCCUCCGAUAGUCCGUGGGCAUCACCGCUCCAUAUAGUACCUAAGAAAAACUUCCGAAGUUAGACCGUGCGGUGACUAUAGAGCUCUCAACAGCCGGACCAUACCAGAUAGAUAUCCUCUCCCACAUUUGCAUGACUUCACUCAUAGCCUAUCUGACGUGUCGAUUUUUUCAAAAAUUGAUCUCGUCCGUGCUUACCAUCACAUUCCAAUUCAUCCGGACGAUGUUCCUAAAACAGCCAUUACUACCCCCUUUGGACUAUACGAAUUCGUCCGCAUGCCUUUCGGAUUAAGGAAUGCUGCACAAAGUUUCCAGCGUUUUAUUGACCAAGUGGUACGGGGCUUACCGUUUGUGUAUGCUUACAUAGAUGACCUACUUAUAGCAAGCAAAGAUGAAAAUGAACAUCUAACUCAUCUGAAGAUGCUUUUUGAGAAGCUAAAUGAGUAUGGGUUAGCAGUCAAUCCUGACAAAUGUGAGUUCGGAAAACAAUCCCUCACCUUUUUAGGUCACGUACUUGAUAAGCAAGGCAUUAAACCAGUUCCUGAGGAAACACAAGCUAUCAAAAAUUAUCCUUUGCCUGAUUCAUUCAAGAAACUACGACGUUUGCUUGGGAUGAUCAACUUUUACAGACGUUUUAUCCCUAAAUGUGCAGACUUAGCAAAACCACUAACUGAUUUAUUGAGGGGACGAGCUAAAUCAUUAGCAAUGACACCGCAAGCAAUUCAAGCAUUUGAUCAGUUGAAAAGCGCUUUAAGCACAGAGGCAUUACUCGCACAACGAAAGGUUGAUGCACCUUUAGCAGUAAUGACCGACGCUUCUAACGUAGCAGUAGGUGCUGUACUUCAGCAACGUGUCAAUGAACAAUGGCAACCCCUUGCAUUUUUCUCAAAAAAGCUAAACGCAACGCAAACAAAAUAUAGCACAUUCGGUAGAGAACUGUUGGCUAUCUACUUAGCCAUCAAACACUUUCGCUACAUGUUAGAAGGCAAUUCUUUCACGAUAUAUACUGAUCACAAACCUCUAACUAAGUCCUUGAUGCACAAUCAUGAUAAAUAUAGUCCGCGCGAAAUUCGUCAACUAGAAUUCAUUUCACAAUUUGCAGCUGAUAUACGCUAUAUUAAAGGCAAUGCAAAUGAGGCAGCAGAUGCACUAUCGAGAUUAAAUAUCAAUACCUUCUCGAUUCCUGAUAUAGACUAUCAAGAAAUGGCAAAGCAUCAAAAGCUCGAUACGGAGCUACAAAAGCUUUUGCAGUCUAAGGAAACGAAAUUAUUAUUCCAAAACAUCCCCAUAAACAACAAGGACACCUUAACUUGUGAUACCUCAACAGGUAAAACUCGCCCUUUUGUACCUUUCGGUAUGAGACGAAAUAUUUUUGAGAAAAAACAGACAACUGUAAAACCGUCUAAACUUGCAGCAGAGCAAGCACCAUUCAAACUACCUGCAACAAGCAACACUUCAAAUCAAAAUUCAGCAGCAGCACAAACUACAACAAGAUCAGGAAGAAGAGUGCAUUGGCCAGAUAGGUAUGUAGCAACCACUAUAUUUAUCUAGACCAAAUCCUGAGACUACUCGUAUAACACAUAAAAAUCCUACUUUAUUUUGAUUACAAUUUUUUUUAUUGGCCCCACGGAUCAUCAUUAUGCUUAAAUUUUAACUUGAUACAAUUCAUUAAUGUUAAAUAUACACUUGUAUAUACAUGAUAUGAAACGUUUCAACACACAAGCUGUUAUUACAAUUUAACACUUACUCAUCAUAUUGAGUUGUACUUUCAUUUUAAAAACAGUUCCGUUCUUUAUCUCUUUGUCGAACAUAGAUGUUAAUCCAAUUUUUUUUGGUACAUAAAAACAUCAAUGUUCUGGAUGGGAGCUUACGUGACAAGCCCAUUUGGCCACUGUAUCAUCUGUCUAUUCAUUGUAACUCAGACUCAAUUCACGAUGUUAAUUUCGGUGUGUAUGAUCGAAUGCAUGUCUGUACAUUAACUCUUAAGCUAUCUUCCUAUUGGUUUCAAUGUGCAGAUAAUCGAUAAUUUAUCCACACCCGAUUAACUCUCAAAAAUAUAUAUGAAUUUUAAACACUCACUCACUCACUCUGUUUCAUCGUGUGCUUGCUCACCGUACGCUUGUGGAUCUUUAUUAAUCAUUAACAAUAAACUAUCUCUAUAACUGGUGUUCAGGCUUCUCAAUAAUCUCGAGUAAAUUCGCAAUUCAACUAGGAGAUUAAGCCUACCUAAAAUACUCAGUUAACGGGAUAUUAUUUAUUGGAGUCAGAUAUUGAGGACAUUAGCCUCCACAAAUUAUUUUUCACCAAACAUGAGAUACAGAAUAUUAUAGUCGAAUUGAAUUUUUUUAAAAUCUAUGCAUCAAUAGAACUGCCUUUUCACAUGGUUCUUCUCUUAUUCCAGCUAUUUUUGUUCGAAAUUGGAUAACAAUAUCCUUUCAUAAACUGAUAUUAUUGGGGAAAAGUGGGGCGGUCAUUUCCAUUUUUGAAAAAUAUUUUUAUUGGCACUAGAAAUACACUCCAUUAAUUCACGAAAUAGAGUUGAGUUGAUAAGAGAUAGUUAGAUCAUGUAUGUGGUUUCCAAAAUAGCUGAUGUGUUUUACACAUAUUAUUAAGCUAAAACUUAAAAGAAUCAAUCCAAACAGCGUACAAUUCCCAGUGUUCAUUUCUAAUUUGCUACUAAAGACAGAAUAUAUAAACGACAUGUCAGUAAAAACUGGUUACCUCUUAGACUAUUCAAUUAAUAGCUUAACGCACAUUUCUAUGUAGAAGCAUCGGUGAAUAAGUCUUUCGUGUAUAAGCCGGUGACCACCGUACAUUAAUUGUUUCUUCGAGAUCCACGCAUAACAACAUAUUCUACUGUUUUAUAAUCAUAGUUUUCUGAAUUAAUUCAAACAUGUACACACUGUUCGCUACUAACCUAGUUUAAACUCGAAAUGUCUGAAUUUGCCCCUGUACUGUUUUCGUAAACAAUUAUCCCAAAACAGAGUGAGUAUGUAGAUGUUUUUUGCUGUUAGUAACAAAAUACUUCGAAGUUGAACAACAAUGUUUUUUUUUUACAGUUGUAAGUAACUGUGCCUUAGUUGUUCCAACAUAAUAUUUGUCGAAUAUUUUCGUUUCAAUCUUUUUUUAACCACCCUGCCUGCCUUAAAAAUACCUGUUUAUUUCUUCGUUAAAUAGCGUCACCAUUACGCAGAAAGAAAAGUCGUAGCCCAUUUGCAGAUGACGCAACUAGACCAUCUACUUUGACUAAUUGGGCUCCAAAAUCUGUCAGUUAUCCAGAAAACGCAAGAAAUGAUAUGUCCAACAGUCAAACCAGUACUAUCAAUGAUCAAAACUGUCCAGUUGUUAUGGAACAACACAUUGAACCUGAAGCAUUAUACCGUUCCAGUAAUACUGAUACUCUUUCAAACACCGUUGUGAAUUCUGCUCAGUCAGUCUCAACUGGUGGUGCUGUUGGUGCUGGUGAACUUCCACCAAAUCGACCUGGUGUUCGUUUAACAUUGGCGCCACGAAUGAAGGCUGCACCUGUAGGUAUCAGCUCACUUGCAAAUGCUGCACCUUCUCGUACAUCUACUAACCGCCUGCCACCCCAACCAUCAUCACCACCACCCCAAUCUCGACAAAUUCGACCUCCUGGUGUUCCUAUAUUGCAUCGUCAUACGUCUCCUAUUGAUACUAACCAACAUUCUACUGUUGGCACUAAUAUUAUUAACAUGCCCAUGACACAGACUCAAGUUCGUUUACAGGCAGAAGCCGCAGCGGCUGCAUUGGAAAUACGUGAGCGACGAAGAGCGGCGGCUGAGGCGGCGAACAAGAAUAGACGACCACGUCGACGUAAACGAACAGAUUUGGAAAGCAUACCUGUGCGUGGAAGACCGACUUAUAGGCGAAAAUCAUUUUCAGCCUCUUCAGAGGCAUCUGGCAGUUCUAGCUCUUCUAAUUCUUCCAGAUCACCAUCUAGUGGACGUUCUCGUUCUGACUCAGGUAGACCUGCUGCAGUUCGACAUAAUCCUGCAGGUCGUCAAGCACCACUCAUUAAACAUGACCAAGAGGGUGUCCGCCCAAGUGGUCGUAAACGUGUUCGUCAAGAUACGCAACGUACAAGCCUAAAAGAGAUUGAUGAGAAUACAACACGUCGACAUGUAGGACGUAACAUGCUACCAAACAGUAUUGAUCCUCGUGAACCAUUAGAAUACGUUCGAUAUACUAAGCAAUCAGAUUUUAAUGAACGUUCUACGCAUAGAACACGUGGGACAGAUCAAUUUAUUCAGAAACCUAUACAACCUAUGAAACGAUCCUAUCCCUCUGGUUAGUUUAUUUUACUAAUAUUCUAUAAACAAUUAAUUGGUAUGUGUUGAUGAGAAUGAGGUAAUUUAAUUACAAAUACUAUGCAGUAAUUUGUAGUAAAAAAUUAACUAGCUUCACUCUGUGUAUGGUUUUUUAAUAAGACUGGGAAAUGAUAAAUUUAGCUAUCAUAAAAUAUGAGCUUUCUCAACCAACAACACUGUUCUAUUUGUUUUGAUGCCAGGACUGUAUGAGAAAUUACAAGAGGAAUAGCAGAUUUGAUUCAGUUUGUUUUAUGUAAUGUGUUUAAUGUCAGUCAGUUUCCUAGAGCAAUAACAUUGUAGGAAUUAGCAGGAAUGUCCAUUGCUCUCUGGUCUGUAUCAAAACCAACCAGUUUACUAAGUAAUUCACCAUUAUUGUCUUACUAAUCUCUUAACUACGAAGUUUGCACUGUCAUACAUACACCUCAAGGCCAGCAUUCAAUAGCUCGAUGGACUUAUUCAACAGUAUAAUAUGUUCAUGUUCCACUUCUCACCAACGCACUAUUUUUGCUGGUUCAACAUAGCGCGUCGCGUCGGAGUCGUAUGGCAUACGUAACGUAUAUACCAACCACCUCAGUAAUAUAAGGCCUCGUCAAUUUGCCCUUACUGCUACAUAGUCAACUUCACCAUUGCCCAGUUGAUUACUUGUGUCGUAUAUGAGUAGUGAUGGUUCGAAUAUACCUAUGAUCAAGUACUUGCAAUCCAUUCAAGUCUUCCACUUUCAAUGGUCUUGUUUCACAGCUGUAAACCAAUACAGAUUGAACUAUUGCGUAGUUUAUUAGUCCUUUUAUUGAUAAACAAUCUAGCUUGUGGUACAACGGGUGUGUUUGAAGGGACUGGGCGAGAUGAUUUCAUCUGUUUCGAAAUUUUGUAAGUCAUGGGCCUACCGAAGGUGGAUGAAAGUAAUAAGAUAAACGGCAGAAAUUAAUAUGACUUCUGAGCAGUCCAUAUUCACAGGAUAAUAAAGCAAGUUUCGUUCUUUUGACCCUUAUUCUAUUUAAAUCAUGAAUACUAGCAUACUGAAGCUCAACGAUUCACCAUUUCACUCUUUUCUCUCUAAUCUUCCUGUUGUCUAGCUUUUCUUUUUUGUGGUAUUUAGAACUUUAAUUCUGUCUAAUCCAGCUUUUCGUCUCACUGUAAGGUAUUUAGACGAUAUCAUCCAUGUUAACUAUCCAGCCAGUCUUAAUUAUCAUAAUCAUUCAUUACCUGCCUUCUAUAAAAUAAUCCUAUAAUCUGAUAUUAUUUUUCAGGCGUCGAGGAAAUGCCAGUACGGCAACGUCCGGAACGAGAUUUGCGUCUGCCUGGUGCUCACUAUCCAAAUCAGUCUGUCGACGAACUGCACAGAGUUGUCAAUCCUGAGAGUAGGCGUACUGCCGUUAGUCAGUUCAAUAUGCCAACUAAGGAGAGGAUAAUCAGACCGAGAACACCUCAUGGUUUAGAAAUGAUCGAUUUCAGGAGCCGAUCACCACAUGCAGAUGUCGAUAUAUUGCCUAAAAUUAUUCGCCUUGAUCGCGAGCAAUAUCGCAGAGUUAACUACGACGUACCAGAUGUCAGUGUUUGCGAAAAAUCAUCAGCUGAUUUAACAAUGGUUGACUCUACAGAUAGUUUUGGUGCUAAACGUGCUCGUAGUCGUCAUCGUAGUAGAGGACCUGGUGUAACUAUUGAUCGGUCUGAACCAUUUGAGUCAGAUACAGGAAGUUUUGCUGCAGAACAACGUCUUAGAAAACUUCGCGAGCGUUUGAACUUAGUUGAUGAUGCAAUCGCAGAAAUUAAAGCCGGUACUGGGGCACAAUCCAAUUUUAAUUUUGGCGAUAUUCGAAGAUGAUAAAGACUACCAUAGUUAUGAAUCAAAUCAUCAACAUGUACAUUGUUGUCUCCAUUUUAUUUCUUUCUGCACAAAAGACAACUCGCUAUAUUUAUUCCCUUCCCCGAUCUUGUCUAAGUCAAUUGUUUGUAUCGUGUUUUUCCUAUCAAUUAUAGUCAGUUUUAUCUGACAUACCACUGUCUAACUACCAUCUUUAAUGGCAUAAAAUUAAGACUCGUUGCAUUGGCUGAAACAGUUUUCGUGAUCAGUCAGUAACAACGCAGAACUUCGUACGUACGUACAUCAGUUCGAGUUGCCAUACCACAUUAACACAGAGAUGCAGUUGUCGGUUCAAAUCCCGUAGUGGUAGAGGUAAUAAGAAUAUAAGCAGUAAUCAGAAACAUUGGGGUUUGAAGAUGUUAUACAAGGAGUAUAAUCCAGUGAAAUAAAUUUGGAAAGAGAACACAAGGGACAUGACAAAUUCAGAAGAUUAGAAUUUUGAACACAAAGAGUGGAUGCACCUGCGCCAUUGCAAAUGAUUUUGAGCCAUGUCAUUCAGGGUCUCUAACCACCGGUUGCUAUCAUCUCGCGGUCCCCAACCAGGUAGUCUACACCUACCAACAUGACUCAGUCCACUUGUCAGUGACUUCA